AUUCUUCUUCCUCCUUGCUCUAUAACUUAUAGUCAUCAUUAAAAAUGGCAUCAAAGAUCACAUUCUUCAUCCUCCUUGCUCUCGUUAUCGCUUGUGCAAUGAUGGUGAGUAUUCCUACAGCGGAAGCUCAGGUUUUUCUUCCUUGCAAUACAACAAAAGAUUGCGAAUAUGUUCACUGCUCGAGCGGGUCAGCUCUAUGUGUAAAUAGGCAAUGCCAAUGCCCGUCGACUCAUCAACCUAAACUCGACAACUUUAACACAAUGAGACAAGCCCGGAGAUGCAAGUUGACGAGUGAUUGUGAUCCUCGUAUGAGAUAUACAUGUGUCUCGGGCUCAUACAUGUGUUUUGACGGCUAUUGUACUUGCACCAAUUAAUUUCUAGUAUUAUUAACAUACGCAUGUUUCUUGCUUUUACUAUCUUACGAAGAUUUUCUCAAUAAUAAUAGUAUUAUUCU